AAUAUUUGGCUCAAUAGAACAAUUCUUUUUCCUGCAAAAACCAACUUUUCACAUCAAGGCCGGCCUUCUCGCUCUCCUCUUUCCCUCUCUCUGUCAAUGUCAUAUCACCUCUGCCCUUUCAAACAUCUGAAACUUCAACUUGAAACUUUACUUAUCACAGCUGCAGAGUUAAAGAAAAAAGCAUAAGUCAGUAAGAUACAGAGAAGGAGGAGCAAAGGAGUAGAAGAGGGGUCAAAACUUGAACACACGUACAAAUUCAAGAAUCUUGGGACUUAUUGGCUAAUACUGUUAUAUGAUGCAUCCUAAGGCCAAAGAGCAUCGUUCUCUAACUUUACAUGUGGAUGUACUUAGAAACCUUCCGGAGAAUGUAAUUGAUGCCAUUUUGAUGUAUUUGCCUUUUAGAGAUGCUGUGAGGACUAGCAUCUUAUCAAACGGAUGGAGAUAUAAAUGGUGCCGACUUCCAGAAUUGACGCUUGAUGAUGCUGUUUGGACAACUAAAAAUAAAGUAAUACUCUGCACAAGUAAAAUUACCAAGAUUAUCUCCCACAUCUUGAAACUUCGUGCGGGACCAAUUACAAAGUUUGUCCUUUGCGUUAGUGGUUCGAGAAGUUGUCCUAAGAUUGAUGACUUGAUAUAUUUCCUCUCUAGAAAUGGCAUUCAACAUCUCGUUCUUAGACUUCCAUUCUGUGGUGAUCCGUACAAAUUGCCUUCUUCAUUUUUCAAAUGUUUGCAGUUGAGGCAUCUGACUCUCCAGAAUUGUCAAAUACUUCCUCCACCAGCCUUCACAGGAUUUGAUAGGUUAAUUAGCUUGGAACUAUCUUUGAACCUAUCUGACGAUACAAUUUCGUCCAAGUUGCUUGAAAGUUUAAUCUCUCAAUGCUUGUUGCUCGAGCAUUUGGCCUUGGAUAUUGUAGUUUCUUAUAAUGACGUCAUUGAAAUUAAUGCUCCCGUGUUGAAGUCAUUUGACUUCGCAGGCAGUUUAAGCUCUAUCUUCUUAAAGAAAGUUCCUCUUCUGGCAAAACUUUCACUUACAGAGAAUGGAGAUAUUUUAGUGGCAGAAAAUUGGGAUUUUGUGAAGUUUUUCGAGUCUUUUUCUGCUCUCGAGCAUCUCCUCUUGAAUAACAUGUUCUUUGCGGCAAAUGCAGGUAAAGUACCAACAAGACUUCCCUUUAAUCUUAACUGUGUCAAACAGCUUGACAUAUCAAAUCUUGAUUUGUAUGAUUCUGCUGAGGUUUCAUGUGCUCUUUGCUUGAUAAGAAGCUUCCAAUAUUUACAAUAUAUGGAAAUUCAGGCUUACUGUACGGAUGAUAUAGCAGCUCUAGAUCUAGAGGAGAUUGAAGUGGAACUUUCCUCGGAUGCAACAUUUAAUCACCUCAGAGAAGUUAAGCUAGAACUUACUAAUUGCUCAAUCAUUGAGAUGUUGCUUAUCAAGCUUCUGUUAGCCAAGUCUCCAGUGCUGGUGAGAAUGCUAAUCAAGCUCUACAUGCCUGUCAAAGAAUCUGCAAGUGUCAAAAUAUUCGCGGCUGAGUUAACAAAAUUUCAGCGUGCAUCACCUAAAGCAGUAGUCAUUAUCGAACACUAGUGCAUGAUUGCGAUCCUGUUUAUUGAUCUUCAGGAGCCUUUAAUCAAACUAUAAUCAUUGGCUCAAGUAUUUUUGAAGAUAAAGCAAAUAGAUAGUAACUCUAAACAUCAGUUUUUGGAAGAUAUAUGUGAAUCAGGGUGGAUGAUUUGACUAGUCUCGCGUCAUUUGUCAUUGGGUUCUUGGAUUAACUUCACAAAUUGAUAUCAUAGGUCGUUAAUUUUUAUUUCAUACUUCAGAGUUAGAUUGAAGGGGAGCCUUGGCAUAACUGGUAAAGUUGUUGCCAUGUGACCAGGAGGUAACGGGUUCGAGCCGUGGAAAUAGCCUCUUGCAGAAAUACAGGGUAAGAUUGCAUACAAUCCCUUGUGGUCCGGCCUUUCUCUGGACCCUGUGCAUAGCGGGAGCUUAGUGCACCGGACUGUCCUUUACUUUAGAGUUAGAUUGUGGGUUGCUGUGUGUUAAUUUUCUACUUGGUGAUAUUCCUAUUAAUGGCAAAGUUAAAGCAUUCUCUUAAGUAUUAUAUCUCUGUAAGGUAGUAGAGCCAUGGAGAAUUGAUACAAGGUAAAGGGUAGCACUUGCUAUUUUACUUUUUCUUUAAUUCACUAUGGUAUUUGAUAUAAU